AGGAUUACUAUUAAGAAUACACGACAAGGCAUCAACAAUACUGUCUUGUAAAAUUUGACAGAUCAAAAAGAUUAAUCUGGAAACAUUCUCAAUUGGACGCCCAACUCAGUUGUCAAGAUUCGGCAGCAUGUGGAGAAACUCAGUGGGUUUCUCUUCGAAACUCCUCACUUCUAUUCGUGUUCCUUUACUUCAUCAUGGCCUCCUUAGUAGAUCCACUUCUACAGCCGCCCGCUCCGGACCGGAGUCUGCUGAACCCGCCGGUUGGGUCCGAACCGGUUCUUCAGCUGUGGAUCUUUCAUCUUUUGCGGCUGCUUCAUCUGUUUUGAAAGCUAGGGAUGUUUUCGACUUCGCUAAGCAUUACGCCCGCUGUUAUUCCGAGCUUUCUAAAGCUCGCUUAAGCAUGCUUGUUGUUGCAACCUCUGGCACUGGAUAUAUCCUUGGGAGUGGUAGUGCCAUUGACUACAUGGGACUUUGCUACACAUGUGCUGGCACAAUGAUGGUUGCGGCAUCAGCUAGCACGUUAAAUCAGGUGUUUGAGGUGAAAAAUGAUGCUAAGAUGAACAGAACUAAGAGAAGACCAUUGCCAUCAGGACGAAUCAGUAUACCCCAUGCAGUAACAUGGGCAUCUUCUGCUGGCAUACUGGGCACUGCUUUACUGGCUAGCAAGGCUAAUAUGUUGGCAGCUGGCCUUGGUGCUUCUAAUCUUGUGCUGUAUGCAUUCGUAUACACGCCACUAAAGCAGAUACAUCCAAUAAAUACAUGGGUCGGCGCAAUUGUUGGUGCUAUUCCUCCCCUGCUUGGGUGGGCUGCAGCUUCUGGUCAGGUGUCUCUCAAUGGAAUGCUUCUCCCAGCUGCUCUUUAUUUUUGGCAAUUACCUCAUUUUAUGGCCCUAGCAUACUUGUGCCGUAAAGAUUAUGCUGACGGAGGGUUCAGAAUGUUCUCUCUUGCUGAUGCUUCUGGACAGAGGACAGCCGCUGUAGCCUUGAGAAACUGCCUAUAUCUACUACCAUUGGGUUACCUAGCCUAUGAUUGGGGUUUGACAUCUGGGUGGUUUUGCCUGGAAUCAACACUUCUCGCUCUGGCAAUCAGUGGUACAGCAAUAUCAUUCUACCUGAACCGUACAAGCAAAGGUGCUAGGAGAAUGUUCCAUGCCAGUCUUCUUUAUCUUCCUGUAUUUAUGUCUGGGCUUCUAGUUCAUCGUGUAACUGAGAGUGAGCAGCAAAUGACUAUUGAAAACUCCAGUAAGAUUGUCGAGAUGUCAUCUUCAUUGGAAACUACAGAAGAGGCACCAGAAGGAAAAAGAACGAAGCAGCCCGGAGUAAAUGGUAACCGUCGGCCACCUGUAGCAUAUGCCUCAGUUGCUCCAUUUCCGUUCUUACCGGCUCCUUCAUAUGCCACACCAUAAGUUAAUGAAUCUUUCUUCCAAUUUUGUUCUCUCUCAUUACUGUAAUAAAAACAGGAAGAGAACUACCCUUUUAUAUUGGUUUAUUGGAUGUUAUACUUCAUAAAGGUUGGAGUAAUCCUACGAUGUAGGAUGUCUAAGGGAUUGAUUUCGUUUGUUUUAUUGUUUGGUCCACUAGUCUCUUACCAGAUCAAGUGGUGUCUUACAGAUGAUGUAUAUGGAUUAAUAUUGUAUCCUUGAUCCGGUGAUUGUGGAGAGAUUUUUUGCAUGGUUGGCAUUAAUAAUUGAAGGACGUCCUAUGAAAGUUCCUUGA